CCUGUUUCAACGGAAAUACGUAACCCGGAAGUUAUCCUGUUUCCGCGGGUCUUUUGGGGCAAAAACAACUCCGUGCAACACACUGGCUAGAAAUGGCGGGAGUUAAUGCUAUGGAGAAGAAACUGGCUGAAUACAAGUGUGAUACCAACGAGGCAAUUUCCCUCAAACUUGUUCGUUUCCCAGAGGAUGUUGAUGACGAUAGCACCACGUUUCAUCCAGAAUACAGCCAUCAAUUAUUUGGAGAUGAUGAGAUUGCUUUUGGAUACAAAGGUCUUCAGAUCCAGCUCUUCUACACGGCUGGAAACCUGAGCACCCUCUUCAAAGUGAAAUAUUCCUCAAAAGUCACAGAAGCGUUUGACUGUGUUGAGCCUGAUGAUGUCGAAGGGAAGAUCCGGGAAAUAAUUCCCUCCGGGUUCACCUCGAACGCGGAUGACUUCACCUCGCUGCUGGAGAAGGAGGCCAACUUUAAGCCCUUUGGCACCCUUCUUCACUCGUACACGGUUCACAACGAGGAGGCGGGAGAGUUCACCUACCAGAUUCACAAGGCGGAGAUCACCUGUCCCGGAUUCCGAGAGUACCACGAGCGCCUGCAGACCUUCCUCAUGUGGUUCAUCGAGACCGCCAGCUUCAUCGACGCAGACGACGAUCGCUGGGACUUCUUUCUUAUAUUUGAAAAAUACAAUAAGGACGGGGAGACUCUCUACGCAACUGUUGGCUACAUGACAGUUUAUAAUUACUACGUGUACCCAGACAAAACCCGACCACGUGUAAGCCAAAUGCUGAUCCUGCCCCCGUUCCAAGGAGAAGGUCACGGAGCUCAGCUCCUGGAGGCAGUGCACAGGUUUUAUUGCAGUCUGCCUAAAGUGCAAGAUAUCACAGCUGAAGACCCUUCUGAGAACUACGUGAAGCUGAGAGACUUUGUGUUGGUGAAACUUUGCCAAAACCUGCCGUCCUUUGCUGAAGACAAGCUGCCCCAGGGCUUCUCAGCAGACAUGGUCCAAGAGGCACAAGACAAGCUGAAAAUUAACAAGAAACAUGCACGGCGAGUGUAUGAAAUCUUACGCCUGCGAGCAACAGACAUGAGUGAUGAAAAACAAGCACGAGAGUACCGAUUAGAGGUGAAGAAGAGGCUCUUUGGACCGUACAGGAAGAACCAGAGGGAGCUUGCAAAAAUGAAGAAAUGCCUGCGGCCGGAAGAGCUGGUGUCCCACAUGGGUCAGAUGGACACUCAGACGCAGCACGAGGAGCUGGAGAAGAGCUAUCAGGAUGUGGUGGAAGGUUACAGGAGAAUCAUCGAGAGGAUAGCCACACACGCCUGAUUUCAUUCAUUACAUCCACUGAGGAGCUUCCAGCGCGAGCUCUCAUCUUUUACAGACUUUCUGCUCCAGCCAACAAGGAAAAAAUCUGUUCAAUCUUUCGUAGUAGCUAGGAAGGUUCCCACAGACAAUGCCUGUCCGUUUCCCGGCCGAGUGUGACGCAUUAGAGGAGGCGUUUCUGUUAGCUGUGCGUGAGGUUACAUGUUUGAUAUUUCACAGGUGAUACCAGGACCUCCAUCCUGCUUCCUGUCCAUCAUUAAUGUUUUUAAAGGAUCUUCUGUCAGCUGCUCCCAGAGUGUUUUGAAGCACUUCAUUCUGAAACUCAAAGGUGUUUUUGUAUAUUGUUCAAAUGAGGUGAUUCUUGAUAAGAAAAAUAAAAAAUAAAACAAAAA